CACAGUCUUACCCUACCCACCUGUGCUUCAUUGCUCACCUUCGUCGACCGACCCGGAAUUCCCAAGUUUUUCCCCAGCCUUAGCCUUGGUACGUGUGAGACAUCCCCAAUCGAGUUAUUUACUUCUGGACCCGUCGGACUUGAUAAGCCAAUGCUCAGCUGCAAGCCCCGGACAUCAAACCACCUCAGCUGCAUCAUCCCCUCCCCCAAUUCAUCCCUGCUUAUUCCACGCUGCUCUCCCUCUGCUUCCACCACCCUCCUUCUACAGUACUCUCAGUUACCCUACGUUUCCAUUAAUCCUUUCCCUUGGCGACUAAUCCUUUUUAACUCUUUGUGAAGAUCAACAGCAACCCAGGCCAACGAGUCAAUUCCCAGUGACUUGCCACUCCUAUCUGCAGUUCCACUACCUUCUCUUGCGAUCCCUUAGGCGACGAAGCCCCUUAUAUCCCUUGGUCAGGGCCCCUUUCAGCGUUCCCCAAGUUUGAAGAUGUCUCCCGCUCCGGUUGCGACGGCCCCUACUGGCCAAACGCUUGAGAAGAAGCCUGUGAAGUUCAGCAAUCUAUUACUCGGUGCGGGGUUGAACUUGUUCGAGGUCACAACCUUGGGACAGCCGCUGGAAGUGAUCAAGACAACCAUGGCCGCAAACCGGGGCGACAGCUUCGCCGGCGCAAUGGGUCGGAUUUGGGGUCGUGGCGGGAUCCUCGGUUAUUAUCAAGGUCUCAUUCCGUGGGCCUGGAUUGAGGCCUCCACCAAAGGUGCUGUCCUGCUCUUCGUCGCGUCGGAAGCCGAAUUCCGCGCCAAGGUGCUUGGUGCCCCCGAUUUCGUGGCAGGUAUCGCUGGUGGUAUGGUUGGUGGUAUCGCUCAGGCCUACGCUACGAUGGGAUUCUGUACCUGCAUGAAGACAGUUGAGAUCACCAAGCAUAAGAUGGCUGCGCAGGGUGUCAAUCCGCCCAGCACCUUCGCGACUUUCAUGGACAUUUAUCGCAAGGAAGGCAUCCGUGGCAUCAACCGCGGUGUCAAUGCUGUCGCUAUCCGCCAGACCACCAACUGGGGUUCCCGUUUCGGUUUCUCUCGCUUGGCUGAGCAGGCGAUCCGCAAGGUGACCAACAAGGACGACAGCCAGAAGCUGAACGCUUUCGAGAAGAUUCUGGCUUCCGGUCUGGGUGGUGGUUUAUCGGCGUGGAACCAGCCCAUUGAGGUGAUCCGCGUCGAAAUGCAGAGCAAGACCGACGACCCCAACCGCCCCAAGAACUUGACAGUUGGUAAGGCUGCCAAGUACAUCUAUGAAAACAACGGCAUCAAAGGCCUCUACCGUGGCGUGGCUCCUCGGGUGGGGCUGGGAAUCUGGCAGACUGUUUGCAUGGUGGCUCUGGGUGACAUGGCCAAGGAGGCAGUUGAAAAAUUGACGGGCGAGGCUGUCACCGCAAAGCACUAGGGAAGGUUUGAGAUACCCUUCUGCCAUGCACGCGGUCAGAGAAAAUAUGGGUAGACGCUGGUCUGGUCAGUUCGCCGUCGUCUCAGACCGGACCGUCGAUGAAAGCGAAGUGGUGCGAGGUGCUGAGCACGCCGCACAACAGAAUUUACAAGCAUUUUAUUCAUUACAAUAGUGUUAAUAGACCUGCAAUCGUCAUUAUGACUCGUUGGCCGAAAUCGAAGGCGGUUUUGAAUCUUGUGC